AUGUACAUUUAUCACAGUCUAGCAGUUCAGGAACUGUCGGCGCGCCCUCACGAUCUCACCAUUGCUCCCAUCCAUCCGAGGCUUUAUUUUCACCAACUUUCUCGCAUGAUCAAGGCAGUUAUUAUUGCAACCAAACGACAACGUAUUCUCUACCGGUCUGGAGGUAGUUUGUGCAGCUUUAUGUCUCCAAAGCCGCCCCGGGCUCGGCGUUGGAUUUGUAAUAACCACGCGACUGACAUCUUUCGGUACAUGUUCUACGCAGCUGAUGAUGACAUUUAUUAUUUGAAUCUUCGAGAGGUGCAAUCCUCGCGACCUGCAAAGUGGGUGGGAAAGGUCUUUCCCGAAGGUCAGACUGAGUUCUUUAGAAAAGGACUUUCCAAGUUUGAACUAGCAACUUCUGUCCCACGGUUUCGAACGUCGCACACUGUGCCAAAUUUUCUACCAGAAAACUGUGAUUUGAAUCCUUGUUCAGGACUGACAUUCAUGUUGCGGACUAAAGAUAUUGGUGGACACACCUGUGGACGAUUUUUGCCGCGCACAGAUAUCAAAGAUGCGAACCGACGUUGGAAUGAAGGUUAUAAGGAUGUUAAGCUUGCCAAACAGGUGGAAAUUAGUGACAAAAGGGUGAGGUUCCCCAAAUAUUGUCCUGUUACUCGCAUUUAUAACUUGAUAACGUACAAAACCGCUUUGAAUCUACUGCGCAAGGAUCGGACGUGGGAAUUUUGUAGCAUUGAUCGAGAGAGGGAGGGUCGGUCCGAGGAUGAUGAAGAUGAAGUGGAGAUGGCUAAUGAAACUCGUGCUCCUGCCUGCCCGGAGGAAGAAGGAUCAAGUGAGCGGGACGAAAUCCAUAUACAGGCUGAAAAUGGUCUGUCACGUUUACUCCCAGAGACAACUGUAGAUCGUGCUGGUGAGAGUGUGGAUAUUAGCUACGAAAAACACCGACGGUGUUUUAAUGAGAGCGGCCAAGUUAAGACUUCAGUUAAUGGGGCGCCUUCUGUCAAGUUGGACAUGUCGCUUGGUACGUCAUCAUCCUUCCGCCUGGAUUCUUAUUUCGGACAGGUGUCAUCGGUUUACUUCGAAGGGGUGGGUUCGCCACCCUCACGUCAAUCGGAUACCUCAUCCAGAGUUGUUGAUGAAUUUUUAUUAUGA